CGGGCAGCGAGGGGCAACGGAGCCGCGAGGCUGGCCAUGAGCGGGCCGCGAGUCUGGACCCUGGCGAAGUUCCGCAGAACGUGUUGGUUGCCUGCUUGCUGUGCCCGGCCGCCCCGCGCCGGCGUCGGCCAGGAGCUUGUUGGCGAGGAGUGCGCCCCCGGGUGGGCGGUGCUCGCCUUCGUUGCCUCCAGGCACCUGCUUCUGCUGCACGUGGGCAGAGUCGAGGAUUCUUCGUCGCCGUCGAGGAGCCUGGCUACGCUCGGCGCCGUGGACGAGGCCGCGAAGCUCAGCGCCAUGCUGUCCGGCAUCGGCGUGGAGCUGUCCCUGCAGUGCGCCCACUGCGCGGGGCGCGCGUGGCCGCCCGGCCAGGCAGAG